UUUGGCUUGACUUAAUGAUAGAUUUCACAAGCCAACUAACUUUAUAGAGAUUAUCCUCCUUAUUUUCAUCAUCUGCACAAUUCAAGCACCUCAGAAUCUGUUCAAAUCGUCUACCUGACAUAGUAGCCGGGAAUACCGGAUGAUAAUUGAGAGGAUCCAUUGAAAACAUGUCCCUAAUAGACUUGAACUUCAACUGGCCAGCAAGGAGACACAAACCGAGAAAACUUUUCAUUUCUUUUACGGAAAUAUGUUGAAAUGUCUUGAAUCGCUCGUUUCUGGACUUAGGCCUAUUGCCCACAAAUAAUAAUUCACCAUAUUUAUUUGACUUUUGAACAAUGUAAUUAGUCACAUCAACAGUCCAAAUUUUUUCAAAAAUCUCAAUUGGAGGCUUGCCUGCUAGCUGUUCUUUCACACCAACUGAUAUGGAAUCAAAGGAAAACUCUAAACAAUCGAUUAUUUUAUCUUCCCAUUUUUGUUCAUCGUUGUCUGGAUCUAAUAGAACAUCGAUAUCAUCAGAGCCCUCGCUAUCGACAUGUCCUGAUGGCAAAUCAACUUUUGAUUUAGGUUCUUUCCGUUUACGCUUUUUUCGUGAUGUUCCAGAUAAAAUUUACAAACAAACGUAACUAAUGUGUAUGGGAAAAAUGCCCAUCAACUUACGCUCAUCAUUGUUUGGAAUAUUCUCGUAUUCUGAAUCAGUACAAGAGUCUGAGUCCUGUUGCAUAUAUUCUGGAUCAGCAAUGGAGUCAUCUGUACUAUAUGGAUCAUGUCUGCUUUCAUCUUCGCUCUCACACUCUUCAUACCAGAGCAUCCACUAUAUUUAUCGUCCAUUUUGCUGUAGCUCGAAUGCAUACAUCUGCUCUCGAUAACGAACAGACUCAUACUGCCAACACGUAUACGUAUGACUACCGAUGUCCGAAGAUGUACCUCUCCCCCUGUUAAAAAAAAUCUACUACACUUAUUAUUUGGAUAGUAGGUGUCCAGCGGGACACCAAACCUCCUAAUAUACGCAGAAUUGACGUGAUGUACAGCAAAAUGAAGUUAGAGCACUAUAUGUAGUUGACGGCAAGUGCCGUCACUGUCCCAAUAGGCACACUGACUAGUGCGGCUUAUAGCGUCAGCGCCUCAUUAGGCACACACUAGCCACAUAGAGUGUCCGCGAACGUGUUAAUAACAAUUAUUUACAUUUUACAGGGGGAAAAUGUUAUUAGGAUAUUCAGAUUCAGAACUAGCAAGUAUGGGUGGAUAUGACCUAGUUCAUUAUGAUGAUUUGGCGUACGUUGCAAGUGCUCACCAGGAAUUGCUGAAAACGGGAGCAUCAGGAAUGAUAGCGUAUAGAUUCCAAACCAAAGAGGGCCAGUGGCAAUGGUUGCAGACUAGUUCGAGAUUAGUGUACAAAAAUUCGAAACCUGACUUUGUCAUAAGCACACAUCGACCUCUUAUGGAAGAGGAGGGUCGCGACCUCCUUGGCAAGCGCACGAUGGACUUCAAGGUCAGCUACUUGGACGCGGGUCUUCCAAAUAACUACUUCUCCGAGAACGAGCUCCUUUCCAACACGACUUCCUCCGCGCACUCCAACAUUUCCUCCACGCCGACCAGGGUCAACAGGCGGUACAAGACGCAAUUGAGGGACUUCCUAUCGACGUGCAGGACGAAGCGUAAAUUAGCAACGAGCAGUGGACAGGUGACGCCUCCGGCCAAUCCGACGAUAGGCGCUCCAUCAGUGGUUUCCCCAAUGGCGACAGCGGCUGUGGACUACAUCACCACCGACGGAUGCUCGGCAGCUGCGGCAGCCGCCGCGUACAACAUGUAUACCUCGCCUUAUCCAGCUGCGGCUGACCACACGAUGGGCUACAUGGGGCAUUCGAACUUCCAGCACACGCUGUACCCGCCUACGGCUACGGCACUGGAUAACCGGUACCUGGCAACCACGGACAACCUUUUCCACCAGUACCGGCCCCUAGGAACGUACUACCCGGAUUACCAUGCUUCGGCAACAGCAGCUGGAUAUGUGAGCAACGGUUUCCUGGACGCUUCCUCAAGAACCUACGAUCCUGGGGCCACCUAUAGAGCAACUGUCAUGCCUACCGUUGACGAUAAAAUAUACUCUUGUCAACAAGUGGUGGAAAACACGAAAUACCCCACAAGUUAUGUGGUACCAAACUCAACUAAGUGUUUAGAUGUUUCCUGGCCGUAUUCAGUUAGUCCUAGUUCUGGCAUCAUUCAGCCCAUCCAAGUAAUGAGUACCCCACACCACCAAAUAGAAAUCAACCACAAGGAGUACGCUAAGGUAUCGAAACAUCCUUCGGUGGAUGGUAGCCACCACUCAGCUUCGCCUACCGGCAACCAUCUGCUCACCCCGAAAAUGGAAGACAUCAAAUCGGAUGGUAGUUCGAUGGGGAUGCAAUCCAGUCCCCCUCAAGGACAGUCCGUCACUCCGCAGCAUUUUUCACCCGCUGCUCCUGAAAUGCCUAGACAAACUGUCCUCAUGUGGGGAUCGAAUCAUAUGCAACAUCCCUCUCCUGUAUCUUCUACAAGAUCUCCGGUAGACAGUGUUGGCGAGUACGCCCCAAUGCCUCACCCACCUCCCACCACAGACAGCUGCAUGGAGAUCGCCGCCCACCACCAGGAAAUGUGCAAAUGGAGCAGCGAGCCCGCCGAGACCACGCCUCCGGGAGGCGGGAUCGGUAAGCAAGAGGCGGUGAACGUGCAAUCGGAAGGUGGGGCCGGUAGCCCUCACCAACAUCACACCGCACAUCACAACCAGCAUCACAAUUCAGCAUCCAGAGUGGUAAUGGUUCUGUGAUGAACGUAGAACGUGUUUGUAAUUGGUCGAAUCAAGUAUUGUAUUUUGUGGCACAAAUAAUUCGGACACGAUGUCGCUCGAGGUGAUAGUUACCAGAAGGGGAUGAGUUAUACAAUAAUUGAAUGACUUUCUAAUAAGGGGAUAUAUGCCUAAACUUUUAUCCAUGUGAGCAUUCAUGAAAAUUGUUUUUUAAAUCACCGUACAAACCAAAAAAUAAGUUGAUUGAUAAUAGAUUCUGAGACUGCAAUAUCGAUAAGAUGAACACUUCCUAGACAGCUCAUCCAAUCGUUCUAGUAAAUGCAUUAUUUCAAGACAAUUGCCGAUUUUCCAAAUCGCUUUGUUUUGAAAAUACAGACCCCCAAACAACUCAGUUAGUUCUCUAGGGACAGCCUAUCAUUUAUGCAAUAUUGCUGAUUUUUUUACGAUUUUACGACAUCUGUAAUCAUGGCACAACAGUAAUUGUUUUGGAAACACGGAUCCUAUUUUUGAAAAAAUAUACACUUGUCCCUGAUUCAAACAGUCUCCAAUUGCCCAUAAUAUGAUACAGGGUGUAAUUUAAUUGAUGUCUAAAAAUACAGGAUAUGAUUCCUUAGCUCAUUUUAGGAAGAAAAGUACAAAAAAACCUUUUAACUUUUGAGCUACAGGAUGUUGAAAUUUUGAGAAAAAAAUCGUUUUCUUAAAGGCAUUUUUUGAUGUAGAAUAUUUUUAAUUUUUCUACCAGUGGCGUUCGUACGGGUUGUACACUGCAGAUUUUUCAAAAAAUAUGGUACGCCAUUGCUUUAUCUAAAAAUAAAAACAUUUUUGAACUAAUCAUUUAUUUUGCAACAUUCUCCUGGAAUUGUUGAAAGGGUUGAAUCAUUGAACUGAAGCCUGUAUUCUAGCACAAGGAGGAGGACAUUUGCAACAAUUCUUGUGAUAAUUAAAUUAAAUAGUAUAUUAAUAAUAGUUUAUUUGAUCUACAGACAUUGUCAACACUUAUUGCGAACUUGUUUUUUAAUUUUUAUGCAUUCCAAAAUCGCUAAAAUUUCAUGUAGUUUGUAGGUAAGAUGUGUUUUGUUUAAUUUUUAUUCAAGUAAAGUGAAAUAGGCAAAAUGGUGCAUCUGAUGGAAAAAAAUCAAGAGGUCAAAUUUUUUACGAAAUAAAUGAGGAUGUCAAAAUAAUUUUUUUAAAAAGCAGUGGCGUACCAUUUUUUGAAAUCUUCUAUAUAUUUUACAUAAAAAAAUGCCUAUUGGUGCUUAGUAAGUGCAUGU